CAUUGUAGGGCCUGCUUGGCCCACGAAAGUGGUUUGUUCAACAGCAACAAUAGUGUGUACAACAUCCGCCGACGACAUGCCAGCCAACAGCAACAGCAACAGCAACUACACCACCAAAAAGGAGAACAAAAGGCAAGACCGCUAACAUCAAAAGGUAUAAAUCAAGACCAUGAGUCGCCAGGACACGUCUUCGUCGUUGUCGGGAGUGGGACCCCGUUCAGCGGAAGGUGCGGCAGCCACAACAACAUUGUCCCCAGCAACCGCAACAGAAGCCGCAGCCACCGGCAGUAAAAUAUCCACCUCAACGCCGCAGAAGGGCGACGAUCAAGAGAAGGAGUUCAUCAAUCGGAGUAUGGCCAGCGAAAUAGAUGCCAGCGACGCCCUGGCCAUAUCCCUGUCCGUUGAUAGCAGCGGCUCAACGGCCUCCACCAUGAGCGGUAGUCCUGUGGCCAAGCGUCAACUGAGCACAGCCAAUCUUUCACGAAUACGUCCCCAGUCGAGUUACUCGGCCCGGGUUCUCAUCUUUGACGAUUCAGAUCAGGAGGCAGCUGCCGCAGCAGCUGCUUUAGCAGCCGCCCCUUCCUGCAAUAGCAGCGUAAAGUCGUGCAGCGGCCUGGAGAUGCUUCCCACAUCGCCAGCCAAGCUGUCGAUUGGAAACGAUAGCACGAAUAGCUCCUCGAUAUUGAGAAACCUGAACCUAACCAAGAGCUCGUCCGGCGGACUAUCGGGCAGUUCCAGCUCAUUGCACUCGCGUGGCUAUACGGCUCUGCUCCGCAAGAUAUCCUAUCAGCAACACACCAACUCCUUGCGCGCCGUCAGCAGCGAAGCAUCCAACUUGCUACGCAUGCGGCACUCAUCGCUGGGAAAAUCGGCUCCCUGUCUCACUGGCAACUAUUUCCGUCUUGAGCUGGCUGGUGCUGGUCCGUCUAUGGCUCAGGCCAAAAGCCAUUCGGCGGUUCCCUCGCCCUCGCCUGGCCACAACAUCUCGCGGUCGGGCAGCUGUGCGGGCAUUGGUCUGGCCAAGCAUCAUCACCAUCAUCUCCAUGGUGUGGUGAUGCGUGGGUCGGCGGGUGGCGGGGCGGGGUCGGGCUCCACUGGCACUGGCGGCUCCUCCUCCAGUGGUGUCGCCCAUCACCGUCUCAGCCUGGUUACGAAUGCCUCUGCUGUGGCCUCGGCCGGCGGGUCGCGUGCGCACUCUCCGUACUCGGCCAGUCCCGUGGACAGUCCGCGCCUCAAUUCGCCCAUGCCAUUUGCAUUUGCUCCGAUCAAGCGGAUCGCCUCGUGCCGCGGAGUGGUGGACGGACGUCGCUGGUCUGUGGCAUCGCUGCCCUCCUCCGGCUAUGGCACCACACCAGGCAGCUCUAAUUUAUCGUCCCAGUGCUCGAGUCAGGAGGCACUCAACCAAUUGCCGCACAACAUUCCGCCGUGCGUCCACGAUGCUGAUGCUGCCGCUGUUGCCGCCGGCGCCUGCUGUGCCGAGCAUCUAAAGCAGCACUGUCCCAGGCAUUGUGUUUUGUUGCAAGCCGCUGCCCAGAAGCAGCCACAGCAGCCGCAGCUGCACAAACAGCCCAAGACAUCUCAGUUGCAGCCCCAGAAGCUUACGGUUGCAGGUUGCAUCAAUUGCUGUGCUGAUUUGAGCCUCGCUUGUAGCGGAAAGGGUCAGGAUAAGGAUAAUAGCACUUGCUCUGCCUCGAAUUCCACGCCAGGCCAAGGCGGCGUCGCCCCUGGACGGUUGUCGCCCCAUUUUCGUCCACGCUCCCGAUCGUUAUCCAGUCCCUCGCGCUCGCCAAUUGUGGACAGUGAGAUUGCGGUGAUGAAUACUCUGUACAAGGAGCGCUUUCCCAAGGCCACCCAGCAGAUGGAGGAGCGUCUGAAGCACUUUAUACAUGAGAACAAAAGUGCUGCUUGCAGCAGCUUUCGGGACUCCCAGCCCAUAGUGCGGUUUGUGCACCACCAGGUGCUGGAAAUGGCCCGCGAUUGCCUGCACAAAUCGGAGGCGAAGCUGAUUACCUCGCAAUAUUUCUACGAGCUGAGUGAAAAUCUGGAGCGAUUGCUGGUUGAGACCAAGGAGAAGUCUCCGGAAGCAGCCGCCGAGCUGAGUGGCGUGAUCAAAAAACUAUUACUAAUCAUCUCGCGCCCGGCCCGCCUGCUCGAGUGCCUGGAGUUCGAUCCCCAAGAGUUCUACGAACUGCUGGAGGCGGCCGAGGGUCAUGCCAAGGCCAUGCCUGUUAUUAAGGCGGAUAUACCGCAGUAUAUCAUACACAAACUGGGCCUGAAUCGGGAUCCCAUUGCCGAGCUGCAGCAGGAAUUGCGGGAAACACAGCAGAUGUGCUCGGAGCAGGUCACAGUGGAUGCGGACCCACUGCAGCAGGGCGGAUCUCUGCUACUCAACUCGCCUCUCACCAGUGCCGCCAAGCAGUUGAGCAGCCUGGCCCUCGAUGCCGUCGCUCUGGACUAUCCCGUCCACCCCAGUGGAACUAGUACGCCACAGCAGCCGCCACAAACGCCAGUGGCUGCGUGCGACGCACAGCCUGCUCCCAGCUUCGCCUUGGCGGUUAGUCAGCUGAACGAGGCGGGAGAAGGUGCGGGAUCGGGAUCUGGCACUGGCACUGGCACUGGCGCAGGCACACAGCUAUUGCCACACGAAAAUGACUUUGACAUUGCCAAGCUGAUCUCAAAUGGUGCCUACGGAGCCGUCUACUUGGUGAAGCACAAGACGACCCGUCAACGCUUCGCCAUGAAGAAAAUCAACAAAAAUAAUCUCAUUUUGCGCAACCAGGUGGAGCAGGUGUUCGCCGAGCGGGACAUACUGUCGUUUGCCGACAACCCCUUUGUGGUCAGCAUGUAUUGUUCGUUCGAAACGAAGAAACACCUGUGCCUGGUCAUGGAGUACGUGGAGGGCGGCGACUGCGGCACCCUUCUGAAGAACAUUGGACCGCUGCCGGCGGACAUGGCUCGGUUCUACUUUGCCGAAACAGUAUUAGCCGUGGAGUAUCUGCACAGCUAUGGCAUUGUCCAUCGCGACCUGAAGCCGGACAACUUGCUGAUCACAGCCCUGGGCCACAUCAAGCUGACCGAUUUCGGCCUCUCCAAGAUGGGCCUCAUGUCGCUGGCAACCAACUUGUACGAGGGCUAUAUUGACUCGGAGACGCGACAGUUUUCCGAUAAGCAGGUGUACGGCACACCCGAGUACAUUGCCCCGGAGGUUAUAUUGAGACAGGGCUAUGGCAAGCCCGUCGACUGGUGGUCCAUGGGAAUCAUCCUCUACGAGUUUCUCAUCGGCUGUGUGCCCUUCUUUGGCGAAACGGCCGAGGAACUGUUUGCCCAUACUGUCAACGACGACAUAGAGUGGCCGGACAGCGAGGACUGGCCGGUGCAGUCGGAGGCGAAGGACAUCAUAACGCAAUUGCUGCAGCAGAACCCGCGCGACCGUUUGGGCACCCAAACGGGCGCCAUGGAGAUGAAGGAGCAUGUGUAUUUCCUGGGCAUGGACUGGAAUUCGUUGCUGCGCCAAAAAGCCGAGUUUGUUCCUCAGCUCUCGCAUGAGGAUGAUACCAGCUAUUUUGAUACUCGCAUGGAUCGCUAUAACCAUGAUCUGGCUGGGGAGGACACAGAUGACACGGACGACACUCCCGUCUUCGGCAGCUUCAACUCGUAUACGCCGCAAUACAGAAAACAGCAUUACAGCUGGUCCCGCCACGCGACAUCCACGUCAACAACUGCAGCUGAUGAGGCGAAGGCCACACCACCACCACCACCCACCCUGACUUGCCUGCCGUCCCGUGCCCAGGCAAUGCCAAUGCCAAUGCCAGCGGCAGCGGCCAGCACCUCGACAGGUGCCUUGCCAAAACUCAGAACGGGAACGGGGGCAGGAGCAGCAUCAAACGAGGGAGCUGUCAACAAGUUCUUGAAUACACCACAACUGCGUAAACUGGAUCUCUCCUCCAGCUGCCUGAAGGUGCCGUCUACCCCAGAUGCGGACUAUUUGCCCGAACUGUUGCACAACGUCACCAUUGGCAACGAUGCUGAGCUGCGGAUGCUCAAGCACUAUCUGCAGCAGCCGACACCGGCUGUCACGCAGCGGCUGCACCAACGGCACAGCAUGCCACCAAACACCAACACAACCAUCAUUAGUACCCCGGCCACUCCUCCGCCAGCUACUCAGACCCAAAGCCAGGCGGCAGCAGGAGCGACAGUCACAGCCGUCGCCGCCGCCGCAACCGCAGCGACAACGGUGGGCAGCUUCUCCCGCAGCACCCCGGAGAGCUCGCAGACGGACAGCGACGACUUCUCGCCGCAGAUCAAUCGCAAGCGGAAAGGAGUUUGCGCUCGGGAUAUACUGCCGCGCUUCUCCAUUUCCAUUGAGGAUGAGACAAUCUCAGCGGGCAGCUCGUCGACUGAGAACAUGAUUUUGCCAAGAGAGCAAUCGCCGCUGGCCUUGCAGCACCAGCCCAAGUCCAUGGACGGCACCAGCAGUGGCAGCAUGAAGCACCAUCGCUCGAGAUCGAUUGUCAAGUCCGCCUCGGCCUUGGGUCUGUCUCUGAUGACGUCCCUGGACAAUAGUCAAUUGGCCGCACAGCUGUGUGGAAUUCAGUCACCAGGUGGAGGAGGCAAUGGCUCCAGCACGGCCAGCUCCAGGGAUACGUCCCCGUGUCGAGAGCUGUCGCCGCUGGUGACCAACCUGAAGCCUCCGAUCAUUAUUCGACGCGGCCCUCGAGGUUUUGGCUUCACUGUCCACACAAUACGCGUCUAUUAUGGCGACACGGACUUCUAUACGAUGCAUCAUCUCGUCAUGGCCGUGGACGAGGGCAGUCCGGCCUUUGAGGCUGGCCUACGGCCGGCAGAUCUCAUCACCCAUGUAAAUGGCGAGGCCGUGCAGGGCCUGUUUCACACGCAGGUGCUGCAGCUGCUCCUCAGCGGAGGCGAGCACGUCACCUUGAGGGCCACACCGCUGGAGCACACCAGCAUACAGAGCGGCGGCCGCAAGCGUGAUCUAAUGCAGAGCAAGCUGGCCAAGAAGGGCUUGAAUCGUCAGAAGAAGCAAACCAAACGGGAGCACGAUAAGAAGCGAAAAACCUCGCUGUUCCGCCGGAUAAGCAGCAAACGUGCGAACGCGGAGAUGCAGCAGUUUUCCGCUGGCACCAGCUCACCCACCACUCCAUCGGCCAGGAACCUGUCGCCACUAGACUCUUCGUAUCACAGCAGCAGCUGCUGCCAGUCGGCAGCAAACUCCUCGUCACAGUCCACUUCACCCUCAUCCUCGUCGCCCAACACGCCCACAGCCACCAGUGGCAAUGGGGGCUCGAACAGUGCUAGUGGUGGAUCUGCAUCUGUCGCUGCCGCUGCCCCGGCUAUACCAUCAGCUCACUGCGUGCAAUUGCCCUUGGCCCAGCCCCCUGCGCAGGUGGUGCUGCUCCCACAUGUGGGUGCUGCUGUCGGCAGUAGCCCCACCUCUGUGGGAAAUGUCCCUGUUUCUCCCACCGGCGUCGUUCCGCAGCUGUAUCAACGUCCAUCUACUCUACAUGGUCUUAAGCACAAGCUUCAUGCCGCCACCGCCGUGAUUGCAGGUGGAAACAGCACCAGCAAUCCCUCCGGCGGACUGAAGACCUUGCACACCUCGAGCAACAAUUCGCUGCCAAAUCGUAGGAAAUCUGUUGGUCACAUUCCGCUUUCCCCACUGGCACGCACACCAUCACCCUCGCCUUUGCCGUCGUCGCCUACGCGGUCCCCGUCUCCGCUGGCCUUUCCGUUGGUCGGUCAUCAGCCGGGGGCCUCCAAUACCACGCAAUCGUACAGUCCGGGGAGCACGCUGCCCACCUUGCAGACGGCGGUGAAUGCCAACACCAAGAAGGGUGGCUUUGCUAGGACCAAGUCGGCCGAACCGAGUUCUCCUCUGCUGCGUCGCGCCUUGUCGCCGGACCGACUGCACCCCCGCAGUGCCGAAACAAAGAUUUCGCCUCUCUGCUGCUCGCCGCCCAUCAAACAACCAAGUCAUCAGCGGGUGGUGACCACCACUUGGAGAUCAACAUCAGCACCCACUGGGGGCAAUGGUGCAGCACCUGGCGGAGGAGUAGUCGGAACAGGAGGCAACGGAACAGCGCCACAACAGCUGGUUCCCUCAACUGAGGAAUCACAAAGACAGUCCGUGGCAGGGACUGGUGCUGGUGCCCCAGCAGUGGCUGGCGCUGAUCCAAGCUCGUCCGCCGUCGUUACGUUGGCCAGCUGCGAGCUGCUGCCCCGAAUUGCCGAGGAGAAGGAUUCACCCACCAGCACCCAGGACAGCAGUAGUGUGUCCGAGGGAUUUAUGCCCGCCAUAGAGGAGUACACUGAGGGGGAGUCAUCGUCACCCACACAGACCCUGGAGAAGCCGGAGAAGAUGAAGGGCAACAAGCAGGAGCGGGAGACUGUAGGAAAGCCCAAGAAGGUUGAGUUGGGUAAGAGCUUUUUCCACUAUCAAUGAUGCGGACCUGUUGGCAUCAAAGCUGCUUUUGUUUCAGUUAAAUCUGUACUAGAUUCUGCCAAAACCAAGCCCAUGAGCAGUGGCUGUAAAACUUCGAUGACAACGACAAAGCCGGCCAGCCCCAGUCUGACCAUAUCAACAGCACCACGCAAGGAGCCAACGGCUGAGACAGCAACCGAAGCUCCCACAACUGCAGCCACUUCCACCGCCAAGCAAAGGAAGUAGCGCCAGAGAAACGGUGGAUGUGGGUGCGGAUGCUUAUGUUUUAAAUUUAGUGUUUAAAUGUUUGUCUUAAUUGUCGGCCCAACUAGUGAGUGGAACGCAGCAUUGGCAGUGGCAGUGGCAGUGGCAGGGAAGGAGCAGCCGCAGGAAUUCAACAUACAGUUAGGAGCAAAAGUGAGUACAUACUCAUAAUCACUGACUUUUGCCGCCCAUAGCAGCCAAACGAAUAAAGCCAAGCAAACACAAUUUUUUCCCCAUAUAAAUACUUGUACUCUAAACAAAUAAACAAUAAUUACAAGAACGAAUAAGAAUUUUCCUAAGAAUGAAAAAUAAAAAACCAAAACAACUCGCACCUACUCACUUUUGCACUUUUUAUAAAAUCGAAGGAAAAUCAUAAUAUUUACAUUUUGUGCAUAGACCCAUAUUAGAUAUUACUUUUUUAAUAUGGUUUGGAAAGCUCUCUAUCAAAUUCCCAAAAAUAUCUUUUGGAAUACGAUUGCAUUCCGCAUCUGCACGUCCCCAGAGAUCGCCUAGGUUAGAUGGCGCUGAUUCGGACCGCCCAAGCCGUCGUUUCACGAUUGACCAUAGAUUUUCAAUCGGAUUAAGUUCGGCUCUUUGAGAGGUUCUAUGCACAAAAUGUUGAUAUUAUGAUUUUCUUUAAUUUUUAUAAAAAAUGCAAAAGUAAUACAUGCGAGCUUUUUUGAUUUUUUAUUUUUCAUUAUUUAGAAGUUUGUAUUCGUUCUUGUAUUGCUUGUUUGUUAAGAAUUCAAGUAUUUGGAUAGGGAAAAAAGUUUGUUUGCGUGGCUUUAUUUGUUGGGCUGCUAUGGGCGUCGAAAGUCUGUGAUUAUGAGCUUGUACUCAGCUUUGCUCCCCACUGUAUGCAUAACGAGGAUUGCGUUUUAACAUUUUUUCGAAGUAAGCCUGUUUUUGUUCGCAAAACAAUUUUAGCAAUGAAAUUAAUUAGAAAAUUUGGAAAACUAGUAGAGUGUAGUCGUAUGUCGUACGUAACCGAAGGAAGGAGUCGAAAUAAGGAAAGCAAAACUGCUUUAAAACUCUGAAUAUUGUAAACGAAAAUGAAACGAGAGAACCACAAUAGGAUGUUGCGAUUAACGCAAACAAAGAGUCACCACGCAAUUAUGUAUUGUAAAUAGAUGUGUAACAUUGAUAGACCUAACCAUAUUUGGAUGAUAAUGAACAAACAAAAACGAAAACAACAGUCAGUUCGAGCGAAGGGCAUGGAAAGAGGAUGAGGUCUGCUUACGCAGGUAAUAUUUAUAAAAACUUUUGCGAAUCUAUACACUAUGCCUAAUUCAAUAUAAAUAAAUGUUAUGUGUGUGUGUAAUAUAAAGAAA